GCUACGGCAUGCAUGCCAGUCAGAAUAUGCCUUACCGAACAUGGUCAUAUAAAAGCCUUUGUUGAAAGUUGCAGUACCAAUGAAGAUAGCAGUGGGUCAAGAUUAGCAUCACCUUCUGUGCUGUAUAGAUCUAUCUACCUCAUCUAUAUAUGACGUUACUAGUGAGGCAUAACUAAAACGUAUGAGGGCAGCAGUCAACUCUAACCGGUCUCGGCACGCAAUAACUAUGAGCACCCCACAGGAUGGAACUUUGAACUCCGUUCUCCGAUGAACAGAGAAACUCAGUGAAGGCUACCAGACUCGACCACAGGUUACGGAUAUUGGAAUGCUCCAUAGGCAUACAGAGAAGUUGCAAUUGCAGUAGCGGACAAUCAGCGGUAUCGAGUGGAGAGAAGUCAGGCGACACCGGCUCUUGCUUAAAUAUUGAGUACCUGUGAAAUUCUAUAUCUAUGUAUCAGAUACAUUUUAAGUUGUUUAGCCGUUGUGAAUUUAAUUUUAUACAUCCGGUUAACAGAGUUGAAUUUUUGCACAAACUGCUGCUCAAAUUGUUAUUAUGUUACAACCCCAACUGAACACACACCUUCAGCAAAUGUAAACAAGCAAGUUGAAUACAGUUAAAAUGGGCUCAGACCAACAAAGUAACAAAAAAUGUGGCGAAAUUUUGAUAAAUAUUAAAAAGAAUAAUAAAACCAAGAGCUAUACAUUUAAAUGCGAAUUUUGUAAUACAAGUUGUGGCCAACUAAAAAAAUUUUCCCUGCAUCUCGAGGAAAAACAUUCUGUAGAAAUAUUAGAUGAACCAAUGCCUUUUUUGAAAGAAGCCAAAGUUGAGGAAGGCAACUUGUCCUUUUCCCCCGAAACGGAAGUCAAGAUAGAAUUAAUGGAAGAAAUUGAACAUGAUACUAUCGAAAAGAUUGAUGAAAGUAAAACUUACACCGUUGAAUAUCUAGAUCCAUUGGCGGCUGAGGCAGAGUCCAUAGCUUUGAAAUACCAGCAUGAAAGCGAAGAAUAUGAAGAAAGUGUAGAUGAUUCCACUUCUUCUGAGAGCGAGAAUGAUUAUGAGGGAAAUAAAGACAAGGUCACCAUUAAGGAAGGACAUGCAACAACCAACUCUGAAGACACUGAAACACCUACAUCUACAAACAAAUUGCAAUGCAAUGUCAAUGAAACAGAGUUAACAGUGUGCAUAUUAAAAGCUUUGGAGAAACAACCUGCUCUAUGGGAUGUCAAGAGCCGCUCACAUAAUAAAAUUAUACGACAAGCUCGAUUCCAAGAUAUAGCCAAUGAAAUUAAUGAAAACCUAAAAAUUCAGAUAAAAUGGGAAUUUGUUAGAAAUCAUGUUAAGGAUUUACGCACUUCCUAUUCAUAUGAAUAUGAUAAACAAAAGAAGGGAGAAAAUUAUGAGAUGCCUUGGUAUUCGGAGCAUAUGGGAUUUCUUAAAGAAAAUAUAGAAGCUUUAAUAAAACAUCGAUUCAAGAAGAAAAAGUAUAAACGUUUGAAAACUUUGGAUGACGCUCACAUACCAAUUUUUAUUGAAUGCUAUAAAAAUUGUGAAAUUCUGUGGCAGGUGAAUAACAUCAAUUUUGUUUUGAAAACCAAGAAAACCGAGACGCUUAAACAAAUGAUACAAGAGCUAAAGACCAAACACAAUGUAGACAUUAAUCUGCAGGAUAUGCAAAGAAGUCUGGACUAUAUAAAUCGCCUUUACUCCGAAGAUAGAGGCAAACAAUUACAGUGUGAAAUUGAAAAAAAGGAAUUUAAACCAAAUUCGAAAUACUAUCACCAACUCUCCUUUCUUAGUGAAAGUCAGGGUCCCUUUUUAUGUUGCCACUGCCAAGAAAUUAUAACAAAAUUUGAAAAAUAUCAUAUUCAUGUGUCGGAACACACAAAAGUUGUGCCAUUCAAAUGUGCCCUAUGUGAAGUGAGAUUCAAGAAGCUUUCCAAAUACAUUGUGCAUGCCAAACGUCAUUUGGGUUUGCAUAAAUAUCACUGUGAUAUUUGCGGCAAGGGCUACCAGUUUCGAUCCGAAUUGGAAUGGCAUGUCAGACAGCAUACGGGAGAGGAGCCAUAUUUGUGUGAAAUUUGCGGUGCCAGCUUUCGUUCCCAAAAUAGUUAUGAUAAUCAUAUACGCAGACAUGAGAAACGAUUUCGUUAUGAAUGCCACAUAUGUAAACAUGGCUUUAAUCAUCCCCAUAAAUUGAAAUCCCAUGUUAAGGCACAUCUCAAUAUACGUGACAUUUUGUGCAAUGUCUGUGGCAAAGGUUUUACAGCCAUGAAUCAUUUGAGACGACAUCAACAAAUACACUCGGGCAUAAAGCGUUACAAAUGCGAUGUUUGUGAAAAAGCCUUUGCACAGGAUGCCGGUUUGCGAGCUCAUCGAAAACAACAUGAUGCAGUGGAAGGUCCAAAGAAUGGUGGGAGGAAGCGAAGAUACAAUUAUGAUAAACCCUUCCAUGGAUAUCUUUGGAUUUUCCAAACUAUUUUAUAUAUAAAAAUGAAUAAAUACAAGGACUACAUUAAAUGUGGAGAGAUUUACAAGUCACCCUCCAUUAAUCCCAAGGAAGAAGAAUAUGUUUUCAAGUGUUUGUGUUACAACGAAGAACAUUAUAUUAAUCUUGAAAAGUUUAUACUACCACUAUGCAGCAAUAUUAUUAACAAUGAUAAGCUGCUGUACAGAGAUACAUCACACUGCAUCCUUGCAGCAUCAGAUAGCCAAAAUGAAAAACCUAGUGAAGAUGUUGAAAUCAAAUAUGAAGAUAUUGCGAAAGUGGAUGUGGAUCCUUUGAAUAUUUUAAAAAUUGGCUCUUUGGAGGACAGCAAACAAUUAACUGAGAUCAAGGAGGAAUUCCCAUUGGAAGAACCUGAGUGUUUAAUUGAUACCAAAGCAGAGGAAUCACUAAAUGAAGGUCAUUUAUCUAACGACUCGGAAAAUGAGGAAUAUGGCAAUGAAUUGGACUCUGACAAUGAUUCUCUAGCUUCGGAUGAUAGCAAUUCUCCUUUAUUUGUUCAUAAUUUUAUCAAAUCUAAACGUAAUGUGAUGGCUUUGAUUGAGGCAUAUAAAAAUCAACCCCAAUUAUGGAAUCAAAAAUAUCCCCAGUUCGCUUUGAAAAAGAAACAUGACAAAUACCUGGAAGAGAUACGCGAAGAAUUAAAGAAACAAAUGAAUCUAUCAUUGACAUGUUCUUUAAUAUCAGCAGUUAUAACAUAUUUGUGUCGUAAAUAUCGACAAGAUUUGAAAAGAUUAAGAUUAACGGAAUUGCAUGAAGAAAGACCAGAUGAUAAGAAUCCACCUUCCUGGUUCUUCAUGCACUUGGAAUUCUUAAAACCAAUUGUUGAAAAAACUUUAGUCAAGACUUUGAAUUCUUCGCGAAGGCCCAACUUGGAGCAAGAACAAAUUAUACAAAUGCUGGACAUCUAUAGGAGAUUACCCUAUCUUUGGAAUACCAAUCUUAUUGAAAAUGUUUGUAAAAAUAAACGUCUUGAGGCUUUGGCUCAAAUGCGCAACAUGGUUGAAACUGAAAUGCAGCUGAAACUUAGUGAAAAUUUACUCAAAAACAAUAUACUCUUCUUUCACAAUCAUUUCACAAAACUGAAGCGUUUAUUGAUAAUAGAAGGUAAAACUCCCAAAAAUGAUAUCUACUACAAAAGUAUGGAAUUUCUACACGAUCAUGUGGGACCUUUCAAGUGCCAUGAAUGUUCCCAAGUAUUUAAAAGUCCUUUAGCGUUUAAAGUUCAUAGAUCCCAACAUGAUGGAUUGGCAGCCAUAAGGUGCUCAUUGUGCAAUAAGGCCUACAAUACUUCCGGUCCCUAUAUAUCACAUGCCAGAAGACAUUGUGAAGAUCUAAACGAGGAGUGCAAACAGUGCGGCAAAAAGUUUCUAAUGGUCAGCGAUUUGAAAAUACACAUGCGUUCUCAUACCGGAGCCCAGCCCUAUUGUUGUGAAAUUUGUGGUGUUUCCUUUCGUCACAGUACCUCGCUGAAUGUGCAUCGAAGGCGUCAUGAAAAACAAUAUUUACACAAAUGUCCCAUAUGCUCCAAGGGUUUCUACAAGAAGGAUAGAAUGAAUGAUCACAUAAGAUCCCAUAACAAUAUACGUGACUUUGCUUGCAAAAUAUGUGGCAAAGCUUUCAAGACUAGAAAAACCCUAAAACAACAUGAGGUCAUACACAAUGAUUCGCGGAAUCAUGUUUGUUCCUUGUGCGGUAAAGCAUUUAAACUCAAAGUUGGCCUACUACAACAUAUGCGAACGCAUGGGGGACAUUUAUGAAGCAAUUAUAAUACCUUGAAGUAUUAUUGUAAAGGUCUAAGAUUUGAAAUAAAACAAAAUUAUGUGUGCAUAUAUUAUUUUAAAUCAUAGAAUGUAUGUACAUGCAUAAAAUAAAUUGUAUACAUGUUAUUUUUUGGU